AUGUCAGCUCCUCCGCCACCUCCUCCUCCUCCGGCGCCGCCAAUGGGCGGGCCACCGUCGCAGGCGCCGGCAAAGCUGCCCAAGGUGACUCCCGAUAGAGACGCGCUGCUCGGCGACAUCCGCAAGGGCAAGGCCCUGAAAAAGGCCGUCACCAACGACCGCUCGAAGCCCAUGGUCGGUGGGGUUGUGGACUCCACUGCGUCGUCCCCAGCCGUAGGCGCCCCCAGUGCGCCGUCAGUGCCCUCUGCCCCGGCAGUUCCCGCAGGAGUGCCGCAAUUGGGCGACAUCUUUGCGAAUGGAAUGCCUAAACUCAGACACAGAGGUGACAGCGCAAAAGCGCCUGCAGCGCCCGAAAAACCGGCCACUCCCGUGCCAGCGAUGCCAGCAGUGCCGUCGGCGCGCCCCAAACGCGACAGCAAGACUGUAAGUGUGCCUCCAGUCCCUGGAACUGCGCCAGCAGUGCCAAAAGUGCCAGCGUCCUCGGCACCUCCUGUUCCUGGCGCACCGCCGCCAGUCCCCUCGUCCACGGCACCACCGCCGCCUCCGCUGCCGUCCUCAUCGGCACCAGCUCCUCCUCCGCCUCCCUCCUUGUCUGCGCCGGCCCCUCCUUUGCCGUCCACGUCAGCUCCACCUCCGCCACCGUCGUCAACAGUCCCCCCUCCACCGCCGGUUCCGUCUGCGCCGGCAGCACGCCCACAGAACACCUCUUCCGGGCCCUCGAAGUUGCCCACGCCGGCGGUCAAGCCUGGCCCUUCACCGGGCGCUCUUCCGUUUCUGGCAGAAAUCAACGCCAGACGAGACGACACGCACGUCGUCAGCGACGAGGACGUGAAGACGGAAAAGCCAACACAGCCACAGGUCCCUGCCGUGCCCUCCAUGGCCGCCCCACCGGUGCCCGCCACGAGUGCGCCUGCUGCUCCCAAGCAGCCACCUAAGAAAAUGGCUGAGCCUCCUGCCCCGCCUACCCCUGCGGCCGCGCCCCCGGCGCCCCCGGUACCUACCAUGGCAAAGCCACCUGCCCCAUCGCUCCCGUCGGCACCACCUAUACCGUCGGUUCCACCUACACCUUCAGUUCCACCUACACCUCCAGCACCCCCUACACCUUCGGCACCCCCUACGCCCUCGGCACCUCCAGCAAAGUCUCCAGCUCCCCCAACCCCUCCGGCUCCUCCACAGCCACCUGUUGCCGCCUUCGCGCAGCCCCCUACUCAUCCUCCGUCUCCUGGUCCGCAGACACCCCCCCCUCCUCCUGCGCCGGCUCCCUCACUGCCAGCUUCCAAGGCACCGGCUGCGCCGCCUCCACCUCCAGCUCCGGCUCCGCCUGCGCCGGCUCCUCCCUCGCCCACGUACAGUCCAUCAGUGGCGCCGACAGCCGCGCCAGCGCCCCCCAAACUGUCUGCUCCGGCUGUGCCAGCCGCGAAAAAAGCUCCACCCCCACCACCACCGUCAGCAGAGUCCAAGCACAGAUUUACGCUCUCGCGCUCAAAAGCGCCGGACGAGAACAAAAUCAACAGCCAGCAGGCGGUCGGGUCGGACUUGCGCAAGAUCGACGCCUCGAUCUACACUAUCGGAGCACCGGCCACCUCGACAAGGAUCCAGAUCGACGAGUCGCGGUUCCGCUUCACAAACGAGGGAGACCUGCCCAAACCAAGACGUUUCGAAAACAAACAGAAACUGUACCCAUCGGGCAGAGGCAGCUCGGUGCCUCUCAACCUCUCUCUCUACACCUGA